GGCCCGCCCGGGGCCGGCUCCGCAGCGGCGGCCGGAGCUGCAGCCGCCGCCCGCCCGUCGCAGCGCCGGCGCUGCCGCGGUGCCCGGCAGGGAAGAUGGCGCCGUCCCACGUCCUCAAGUGCUGCCAGAAGGUGCUGGCCUGGGUGCCCGUGGCCUUCAUCGCCCUGGUCGUGGCCUGGUCCUACUACGCCUACGUGGUGGAGCUGUGUGUGUUUACUAUUUCUUCAACUGCCGAAAAAGUUGUCUACCUUGUAGUUUUUCAUCUGUCAUUCGUCAUGUUUGUAUGGUCCUAUGGGAAGACAAUUUUCACAUCUCCUGCAACCCCCUCUAAUGAGUUCUGUUUGUCAAAAGCUGAUAAAGAACAAUAUGAAAAAGAAGAGAGACCAGAAUCCCAGCAGGAGAUUUUGAGAAGAGCUGCUAAAGACUUGCCUAUCUAUACGACAACAGCAUCGAGAGCAAUCAGAUACUGUGAUCGAUGCCAGCUGAUCAAACCUGACCGCUGCCACCACUGUUCUGCAUGUGACGUAUGUGUAUUAAAAAUGGACCACCACUGUCCAUGGGUGAAUAAUUGUGUGGGAUUUUCUAACUACAAAUUCUUCCUCCUGUUUUUAAUGUAUUCCUUACUGUACUGUUUGUUUGUUGCUGCUACAGUCUUGCAGUACUUCAUAAAGUUUUGGACAAAUGAAUUGCCAGAUACCCAUGCAAAGUUCCACGUACUAUUCCUUUUCUUUGUGGCAGCCAUGUUCUUCAUCAGCAUACUGUCACUCUUCAGCUACCACUGCUGGCUAGUUGGCAAAAACAGAUCAACUAUAGAAACAUUCCGUGCACCCACAUUUCGAAAUGGUCCUGAUAAAAAUGGCUUUUCUCUUGGAUGCAGCAAAAAUCUAAGGGAGGUUUUUGGUGAUGAAAAGAAGUAUUGGUUACUGCCUAUCUUUACCAGUUUGGGUGAUGGAUGUAAUUUCCCAACUCGUUUGGUGAUUAUGGAUCCAGAGCAACUUGCAGUCUCAAGCCAAAAUGAACCUGCCAAAAGCUCUGUAGCCAAUCAGUCCUUUCCUACUCGACCACUCAGUGAAUCACAAAAUCGAUUGCUAUCCAGUGAUUGUCAGUGGGUGGAAACUGGCCCUGAAGAGGAAAAUGUGAAAUCAGGUUUCUGCAACACAUUUUGAGCUUGAAUAUUACUUAAUUUUGUUUGGAAAAAGUUGAGCAGAUCAAAAUGGAACAUGAACAUUUUAGGAAGAGACAAGAAAUUCAAGUUUCUGCACAGUACAAUGGAUUCUUGUAAGCACUAUUGCAGAGCAGGGAAGUUAAGACAGAUGCCUUAAGAUUCUUAAUGUGCAUUUAUGCAACACUGAAUUAUAUACUGCUAUCAAAGGGCCAGAUCCAGAAGUGCCCUGCUUGGAUGCACAAGGUCCAGAGUGGGAACUAUGCAUUUCUUUUAUGCUGCAGUGGUGGGGGUAGAUUGCAGAGACUCCUACCUCCUCACGGGCAAACUUCAUACCUUAGGCACUGCAGAAGUCACUUCCAUAGCAGGUCUCCAGAGUACAGAAGGAAAGAAAAAAAGGAAAAGGAAGAAAAAAAAAAAGUCAGCCAAGAGCAUGGUCAGCAAGUCUGAAGUGGGAGUAUACAUAGUUCAGAUGCCAGGUGAUGGGGAAGGGACUGGAUGAUGUCUUCUCCUCUCUUCCUAUUAACCAGUCUACCCCAUGAUCACAGCUCUCCAAGUCUUUUGGGACUGAGGGUUCCUUUUACUAGCUGUGCUUUGGGUCAAGGCAAUGCCAACAACAUAAAAGCCUUUAACUUGGGUGUUGCUUUUUUGCUAUAGGAUUGAGCUUCAUCAUCAUUUUAACUUGAUUUAUUUAACCAUACCAAGGACAGAGCUCAAAGAGGAAAACUUGGGUUUUAGUUGAAAAAAGCAUAGAUUAUUGUUUUCCAACAAUUGUCAGUCAGCAUACAAGGAAAAGGCAGUCCAAAAAGGAAUUAACUGUUCUUACAUUUUCUGUUUGCUGUGUUCUGUGUGAGACAGCAACAAAAUGGUAAAGUACCCCUGAGAAAAAUCAUUUUGCAAUUGUGUGUUGCUAGAAAACAGAACCAGCAGAGUACUGCUUUUUCCAUGGGACUCUUGAUGGUUUAUAAAUACUGGUUUAUACUUUUGUUUUAUCUUUUUAAUAAUGUUUUAUUGGUUCUAAUACAAAUAUCAGGUACUUAAAAGAAGAUUAGUGUUGGAUCAUAGAUCUGUGUUAGCACACUGAAAAAUUAGUCUCCCACUUUCAAUUGAUACUGAAAUUGCUAAAGACCAAUGGCUUUGUGCAGCAAUGUACCUGUUCAAAAAAAGGCAAAAUGUGUUUCCUGUGUGAGGAAUCAAGUCCAUCCCAUCUUUAGCUCAAGACCUACAGCAAACAACAUGGUUUGCUUUUUUUUCCUCACUCCUCUACAGAGAAGACUUCUAACUCAUCUUUGGGUGGUAUUGGAAUUUUGCACCUGGAAAAAGUGACUUUUUCUUUCUGUAAGUUUUCUGAUGUUCAGCUGAUGCUGAUUGCAAACAGAUGUGAGCCCUUUUGAUACAGACUGAAGGUAGUAGUCAAAUUGAUGAUCAAAUCCAAAAUAACCUAUUUGGUUUGCCUCCCAGACUGAUUGCUACUUGAGUUAAAUAUGUUUAUGAUGAAAAUACUAAGGUAUUAAGUAUUCUGUAAGGUUUAAAAUAAGUAUUUUUUGUCUUUGGAUAUAAUAAAUUUUUCUUAAAUAUUAAUCUUCUGGAACAAGAACUCUUUGAGAACCUAUGAACAUGAUUUCACUGUUGGAUGUUCUUGAGACAGAAGCAAUGGUCCAAACUUGCAUGUUUUAUAAAAGUUGCAGAAUGUUUCUUCAAACUUUGUACAAGAAAUUUUGCAUUUGCUAAUUCCAAAACAUAGAAAAACAUUUGCUACACAUUGAUCUGAAAGGUUUAGCUUUCUCUUCUCAAAUGUUAAGUGAGAAGUGCCCAUCUUAACAUAAGCUCUCAGCAGUAUUGCACCAGCAAAAUUUCUUGGGGAAGGUAACAGAGAAGGAAGACUGCACAUUCAAAUGGAUUGUUCUGAAUACGAAAAUUUGCAGCCCCAAACACUGGUGGAACUGUCAUGGAGGGCCUGGGAUAUCAUCUGGCUUUUCUGCAUCCAUGUAUUAUAACUGAAAUAACUCAUCCAUGCACAGACAUCAUCUAGCAGAACUAUAAGCAAAAUGUAUGUCAGAGUCCUAAGUAUUCCUGAGUCAGCAAUAUGGUCUCUGCUCCCCCCACUCACUCCCCAAAAUGCUUCAUAUACGCCCCCCCCAUGAAUAUAUGUACCCUGUAGGCCAACAUCAGGGGAACUUGUUUGAUUUCUUUAGUCAGGAUAGUGAGUCUACAGGAAAAACUGCAAGUAAGCAGUCUGGGCUAUCUCCAUGUGCAUUUUCUAGAGAGUGCUUCUCUUCUGAAACCACUCCUUUGUAUAUCUGAUGGACAUUUUCAUGAGGAACUGAUAUUUCUGACAAGUUUAUGCAGAUCACAGGAAUAUUUUGUCCUAGAUUUUUCUUCAUAUUUGAGGUAAACAGAGCAGUGGUUUUAGAAUAAUCCCGAGGCCAGAGUUAGCAGUGGCCUUAGGAUAAUUCCGAGGCCAGAGUUACUGUUGGUGUAAAAACAAGUAUUACGAAAGUUACUUUGACAAAUAUGAAACAUAGUAAAAUGAUUCAAAGAUGAUUCUCCCCAUUCACCACCCCCAACCCCUUUUAUAUUUUCCCCUGGGGACUAAGAAACCCCAGGCUGAUUUAAAGGAAUUAGGUUCUCUAAGGGAACUGUACUGCUGAACUCCUAAGGGCAUGCCAGUGAAUGGGAUGGGGGGGUUAGGUUUUCCUAACCUAGGCAUGCCUGGGCUUUGGGGGAGGUAUCAUGGCUAAGGCAGCAGAAUGUCAUCCUGUGUCUUUGGGUUCUGUCCUGAGUGCUCCCUAGGCUGUGCUGUGCCAGAAAGUCCAUGAGGGAGCAGGAUGGCUCUCUGGCUGUUGUGUUCUUGCCAGCAGAGGCAGGGGCUGCAGCAAGGGGGCACUUUUGGCCCAUGGUCAGGAGAUCAGAAGGGGGGUAGAUCCUGAGAAAAUAACUGUUUAGGGUGUUAGGCCAUGUUGUACAUGCUGGCCUUGUGCUUUAACCUACUCUGUAUCAGGGAGUCUUGAAAAUACCUAGGUUGUCAUUAAAAAUAGCAGCCCUUAAGCUUUUAGAUCCAUUAAAGUAAUGACUACUAUAAGCCCUGUGUAGUAGUUAUUGUAGGAUAGUUGGCAUUGGCUGCAAUUAGAAAAUGCUUUCAUUUUUCUUACUGCUUUUCUCUUUUAAAAAAAUCUACAUAAUUUCAAAAAUAAAAAAAAGUGGCUUUAAAUUCACAGUUUGAGGACAGAAGCCUGACGGAGGAUUUCAGUGCAAUUUAUCCUCCAUUUUUCUGCAAUGUCUUGAAACAAACCAAUCCCUGUGAAUAUGAGGCAGGAAAAUCCAUAAAUAGAAAUUACUUAAAACUACACAAUACUGGGGUUUUUUUUACUGUUAUUUAGUCACAGAAUGUACAACACAUAUGUCAUUGCUGUGCCUACCAAAAGCGUAUUAUGGGAGGAGGGCAGGAAGAGGAGUAGGUUUCUGUCGUUAAUUGACUUCCUACAGUAUUAUUUUGAGACAAGUCGGAUGUGAUUAAAAACCUCCAUUUUAAAUAAUCUGAGAGUUACUUUAGAGAAAGUUUGGGCACUUCUGUUUUUAGUGAUUUGAAUAGAAAUCAUGGUAACCUUUUUGUUAAAGCUGUCUCUUGAGUGUGGAAUUUGCAAGUACCAAGCUACUUUUGGUAUGCUCUUCUUACAAACUGGUCCUGUUCUCCAGAGUGCUGAAUACUUACAGUUUUCAGGUACUGUUUCUUUCCUUUGGUCUUGUGUGAUUCUUCUUUAUUAAUUUUAAAUCUUUUGGGUUGGGAUAAAUUUCAAUACCACUGAGGAUGAACACAAGGACUUAAUGAUCUAGCUGAAGUAUGGUCCAGUUGUAGCUAAGCAGAGCCCCAAGAGGAGGCAAACUGCAGCAUUUGCAGCAGUGUUAAUGUCUGGCAGAUUUACUGCAGUAAAUGCACUGAUUCUGACACAGAUUGACCAAAUCUGCCUGAUCUGGAGCACUGACUGACCAGAAUUUUAUUUAAAAGUUAAAUAACAACAAAACCAUGACAGCUUUGAGCUUCAUAGUGUAUGUUCUCCAAGGACACCCUCUAAAAUUGUGUCUGACUGGGGGAUAUGAUUGUGCAUUUAGAGAGGCUCCAAACAGCAGUUACUUUUAGCUCACAAACAUGUCUUUUUGCAGUACCUAAAAAAAAACAGCAAGGUGAGCAGCUUCAGAGGCUCUGCUAUCCCUAAAUGGCACCAAAGAGAGCAGCUGCACAUGAAGUGAUUUAGUACUGAGCACAUUUGUUACACUCAUUUCUAUCAAUUUAUUUUGUAUAUAGAGCUUUUUAUACACAUUUUUAAUUAUGUAACUAUCAUGAAAUGUCAUGAAGCUAUGAGUUGUGGUUUGUUUUAAUGCAGAUUAAAACUGGUGUUUGGCCAUUUGUUUUCUGACGCUAUUACUUGAAUUUGUUUCCCUUAGGUAGUGAAGUCUGAUAAUGUUUACAGGAUCACUUUCUUUGGUUUUGGGAGGUUUCCCCAUCUUUCUUCCUAGCCCCUGUCCUAAGAAACAGAGAGCUCAUGCUCAGCAGUCAGACAGAUCUAUCAGAGAUUAAGUAUUUUUAUUACUUUAAUUGUCACCAAAGCAUUGGGGUGACAUGCUGAUUCUCUUCUGUUUAUACUGCUUAGCUGGCAAGACACUUAGCAUGGUACUCUGAAUUCUCCUGUCCCUUAUCCUGGUAUCAGCUUUAUUGUGGGAAACUUAAAUCUUCCUGAACAAUGAUUUACAAUCAUGAAGCUAUCCCAGAAAGAGGCAGCAUUCCUGCUGUUAAGUCUGUUCUGUUUUUAAUUUAGAUGAAUAAAACAUCCCUGGGUUAUCUCUGCAUUUCCUUUUGUAUUUGCCAGCAAGGGUCAUCAACAUUUGCACUAAUCACAAUGUCCCAGCUGUUUCACUCCACAAAGUUAUUUUUAAUUGUGCUGCCUAAACUUGUAAUGAGCGGUAUUUAAGUUUACGAGGACGUGUAAAAGAUACCUGUAAUAAUGAUGCACUUACUGUGUUUUUUUUGUACGUUACAGAUAGGACUCAUCCUAUGCACAGAGAAAACGUUGCCAUUUAUAGUUUAAUACUUGAAGUAACUUUUUGAAACGGGCUUUUAUAAAUUAAUUAAAUACAAAAUCACAUUGCUUUGCCUGGAAGUUCCUUCAUGUUUUAAUUGUAUUUGCAAUUUCCCUGUAUGUAUACUUUUCCAUAAAGUUCUCUUAAGCCAUUUAUAACCAAUGAAAGUGCAUUCAAUAUUUUGUACAUCAGUGUUCAGACCUGUUCAUACUUCUCUGAAGCAUAAUCCAUGUUUAAUAAAAAAGUACCAUUUUAA